AUGUUUACUUUAAUGAGGGAUAUAGCUAGUGGUUUGAUAGCAUUGCACGGGUCAUUUGCUGGAGCACAUGGAAUGCUUUCCUCAGAGAAUUGUUUAAUUAAUGAUCGUUGGCAAGUAAAGAUUAGCGAUUUUGGAUUGAAUAUGAUUAGAGAAAGUCAACCAAUGUCAAAAAGAAAAUUAUUGUGGACAGCACCAGAAUUAUUAAGAGAAAAUAAUCGAAAAGGAACAAAAGAAGGAGAUGUUUAUAGUUUUGCUAUAAUUUGUUGUGAAUUAGUUAAUAGAGAAACUGUUUGGAAUGGAGUUGAAAGAGAAGAUGAUGUUGAUGAGAUACUUUACCGACUAAGACGAUCAAACGUGGCAAUUCCACACCGACCUCAAUUACAUCCUCGAGAGGAGAUCAAUCAAAAUUUGUUACACUUAGUCCGUGAUUGCUGGGGUGAGAUUCCGACUGAACGUCCAAAAAUUGAUAUGGUCAGAACAAUGUUGAAGCAAAUGGUUAGGGAUGGAAAUCAAAAUUUAAUGGAUUAUGUUUUUGGAAUGAUGGAGCAAUACGCAAGUUCUUUAGAACAAGAAGUUGAGGAAAGAACUAGAGAAUUAGUUGAAGAAAAAAGAAAAAGUGAUAUUCUUUUAUAUAGAAUGCUUCCAAAACAAGUUGCUGAAAAAUUAAAAUUGGGGGAAUUUGUUGAACCUGAGCAAUAUACAGCUGCUACUUUAUUCUUCUCCGAUGUUGUUUCAUUUACAACUUUGGCUAGUAAAUGCUCACCUCUUCAGGCAUGCAUAAUAGACUUUAGACAUUAA